AUGAGUAACAGUGCUUAAUAAUAUGAUGAAUCUUGCAUAAAGAUGAAAAUUAUAAAAACAGCAUGGAGUACUAAAGAGGAUAAUUUACUUAAAAAAGGAAUAAGAAUGUGUGGAAUGAAUUGGAUGGCAAUUGCUGAAUAUGUACCUAAUCGAAAUCCAAACUAAUGUGCUUAAAGAUGGAAACGACUUUAAGGACAAAGGGUAUUGAAUUUAAAUUAGAUAUUAGAGUAGAACCAAUCAAUUUUGGAAACCUGAAGAAGAUUAAUAAUUGUUAAAACUUAUUUCAUAAUUCGGCAAGAAGUGGUCUAAAAUUGCUGAGAUGUUCAAAAAUAGAAAUAGUAAACAAUGUAGAAAUCGAUUCAUUAACACACUUGAUCCAAAUUUAAAAUAAAUUAGCUUCACUCAAGAAGAAGACUAAUUAAUUUAUGAAAAGUACUUAGAAUGUGGUACUAGGUGGUCAUAAAUAGCUAAAUUUUUAGUGGGUAGAUCGGUAAAAAUAAAAUUUAUUUUAGGAUAACUAAAUAAAGAAUAGGUUUUAUAAUAGCAUAAGAAGUUAGUACCUUCAAAUUUAGAACCCAUAUUAUUCAAAAUAAACAUUAUCUGAGCCUAAAGAGUUACUCGAAAAAGUAAGAGAAGAACAUUUAAGAAUUAUUGGAACUAAUAAUAAGGAAAUAAUAAUAGAAGAUCAAAAUGAUAUGCAAACAAAUGAUCAAGAUAUAUCCAGAUAUAUUAAUGAAUAAAAUUACUCAAAUCUUGAUGAAGAAUUUUAUUCUAAUAGGGAUUUUGAAUAUUUGAGUAUGAAUCGUGAUAAUAUUGUAUGA